CUUCCGCUGCUAUAGUCUUUAGUGGUAACUUAGUUAAAAUAUUUCAUGCGAAAGCAGAAUAGUUUCAGUUCUUAAACUCAUUUAAUUCCUCAGCCUAAAUUAUUUCAGUUAAUUUAAUUAAUUAGAAAUGGUAUUGAGAUCCGAAUAUGUUUAAUUGGUGCUGUUUCCACAAAGCUAAAAACUGAAACAGGCUAUAGGCCUAAGUAACGACUUCACUUUCCGGUUCCAUGCUUAAGAUGGCCGACAGAAUGGACCGGUUCGAGGCUUUAGAACAACAAUUAGAGAUGUUUAUCGAAAACACUCGUCAACUAGGCAUUGUAGUCAGCGAUUUCCAGCCACAAGGACAGAGUAAUAUGAAUCAAAAGAUACAGAAGAUGGUUGCUGGGAUGCAGGAGAUUGAUAAACUGAAAUCUCAGAUGAGUGAUAUCAAUGUCCCAUUAGAGGUGUUUGAUUACAUUGAUCAAGGAAAAAACCCAAACCUCUACACUAAAGACUGUUUAGAAAAGGCACUUGCAAAAAAUGAACAAGUAAAAGGGAAAAUAGAUAAUUUGAAGAAAUUCAAGACAUUGCUGCUUGUUGAAUUGGACAAAGUAUUUCCUAAAGAAAUAAACACAUACAGAGCCCUGAGAGGAGACGAUCGGCCCUUAUAACAUAUGGCUAAACAUAUACCUAUACAUCUAUAGGUCCAAGGCAGCUAGUGUAAGCAGCAAUUGACAGACCUCAGGAUUUAUACCUGUAUUCGACAUCUAAUGUGGAGAGCAUCUGUCAUAAUGUUAUUGUAUGUGCAUAUAAUACAGAUUUUCAAGCAUAAAAAGACCGAUUUAUUAACCUCAUUUUGACAAGAAAAUUCCUCCAUACUUUAAAUUGCUCUUUCUGGUCAAAUAAUGUGAAUAUGGCAAUCAUGUAUGGUAAAAUAAGUAAUUGGUAUUUGAUAAUUCAUCGCCAAAAGUAGGGUAAAAAUAGUAAGGUUUCCUGCAGAAUUGGGAGAGUUGGCAGGCAGGUUUUCGCUGGAUGUGUGGUGAAAUCUACCAAGUAUUUUAAACCUACGUUCAGUAAACAUGUGUAUUGUGUGUGUCAUUUGUAAAUAUUUUUUGUAAUGUACAAAAUGUUAUUGUACAGGAGUUUAUGUGUAUAACAAACUUGUAUACAUGUGUUUGGAGAUAGAAUGAAAGACAUUACUGUUUUGUAUAUAAAUUGAGAAUACCGGAUAGAAAUCGGAAAUGUCCCAAUAGAUGCAGAGAGUAAAGAAAAAAUUGUCUUGGUGAAUAAAGAGAGAAAAAGUGAACAUGUUUUAAUGGAUGUUAAAAUAUAAGAGAAAAUGUCUUAGUGGAUGCAGAGACAUAAGAGAAAAUGUCUUAGUGGAUGUUGAGGGAUAAGAAAAAAAUGUCUUAGUGGAAGGGUGAGAAAUAAGAGAAAAUGACUUAGUGGAUGCAGACAUAAGAGAAAAUGUCUUAGUGGAUGUUGAGGGAUAAGAAAAAAAUGUCUUAGUGGAUGGUGAGAAAUAAGAGAAAAUGACUUAGUGGAUGCAGACAUAAGAGAAAAUGUCUUAGUGGAUGCAGACAUAAGAGAAAAUGUCUUAGUGGAUGUUGAGGGAUAAGAAAAAAAUGUCUUAGUGGAUGGUGAGAAAUAAGAGAAAAUGUCUUAGUGGAUGCAGACAUAAGAGAAAAUGUCUUAGUGGAUGCAAACAUAAGAGAAAAUGUCUUAGUGGAUGUUGAGGUAAAAGAGAAAAUGUCUUAGUGGAUGCAGACAUAAGAGAAGAUGUCUUAGUGGAUGUUGGGGAUAAGAGAAAUGUCUCAGUGGAUGGCUGGAUGCAUUGAAAUAAGUUGUUUGAAGGCAAAAGAUUAUAUCUUUAUAGGUAUAUUAAAUGUCUUUUAACACAUUGUUGGAUGUGUUUAUAGUGCUUCAUCAAUAAAACUAUUUAAAUAACA